AUGUCUUCCGUUACCUUCGGCUCUGUUGGUGAUAUCAUCACCGUUUGCCUACUCGUCAAGUCGAUCGUCGAUACACUCGAUAAGUCUCGGGGAUCCUCAGCUGAGUAUCAAGGGCUGAUCAGCGAGCUUCGGUCCCUAGAAAAGGCUCUACUACAGCCCGCAGAACUCUUCACCAAAUCCUUGGCGGACUCGUCAAUCACGGCAUCACUUUGCGACGAGAUCUUGAAAGUAGUGAGCGAGUGCCGCAAGACACUGGUUUUAUUUCAAUCGAACUUGAAAGGUUACGAUGCGUCUUUAUCUGAGCACCACUCUGCCAAAAGUGUGCGCCGCGUUGGCAUGAAGAUUAAAUGGCAACUCUUCCAGAAAGACACUAUGGCAAAAUUUCGCAGCGAGAUAUCCGGUCACUGCAAUGCCAUCAAUAUGAUGAUGAUCACGGCUCAGAUCACUAUCUCGCUCAAGGGCUUGGAGAAUCAAAAAGCAUUAGCCACCUCAGCCGGCCGCGACGUAGCCGAGCAAAAAGCCACAUUGGAAACACUUCGCACUGAAAUACGAGAGAAUCACCAGCUCUCAUCAUCCAUAGACUCGAUUGUCCAAUCAGUGUUGCACAAAUUUGAGUGGUUUGGAAGCCUUUUGGUGUCAGUCAAAGAUAUGGUCUCCAGCGGGUUUACGGUGAGCCUGGCGACUCACAGGGCAGUUCUGUCCAUGCAGGCAUCCAUGAACAACUGUCUGGACAGGCCUCUCAUACAGGAGCCUUUUGUUCUUGAGGACGCCCUCGGAAGGAUUGCGCCGGUUCAUCUACAAUUCAUCACGUCGUGGCAGGCGCUUGAAGCCGUUAUGCUCGUGCGUUUCGAAGGCCUUCCGGGGCAUGAGAAAAUUACGAGGCGCGAGUUUGUGCUGCAGGAACAGGCAACAAGGCGCGAAAUCUCUUUCGAUCAACCAUGGGAGAUAGCCUUCCGUCCCGGCUCGUCUGUGUCCAUGAGCCUUACGUUUCGUCGAAAUGUGGAUCCUGCCAAAGGCUACAACAGCUGUCCAUACUGUGGUGAAACCUCGGACAAGGCUUCUUCAACCGAGGUGAGAUGGUCAGUAUCUGUUUUUGGUCUAUGA